GUGAAAUCAACAAGAACGAGGUUUUGCCUCGACUUCCGGUCACGAAUUGGAAUGUCUACCAGAGGGUCCCGAGUGGUCAGCCGUUCUGGGACCACUGGUUUGCGCACCCAAACUCCAUCGCCUACCAACAGCAAGUGCUACUUUGCACCGAGACUCCAGUCUUUGGCCCCGGAUGCAGCGCCUGCGAGGCGGGGACCGUUCCCGUAACGCCAGGCUCUGACCAAUGC